UCGUUGUUGUUAUCAGGCUCGAAACAACAACCCACACUUCCCGCGAAAUUUCAAGGGAAAAGAACAGAAAACUAGGAACUCAUCCGAGCUUGUUACCAUUCUUCGUCCUCUAUUUUUCUUCGCGUCGGUUCCGGAAAGUUUGAGAAUCUAUUGAAUAUAUUUCCCUGAAAACUACGGUCUAAAGUGAUUCAGAGAUUGUGUAAAUAAUAUAAUGAUUCUCCUCAUGGAAGUACUAUUUUAUAAAUUCAUUAUUUCAGUCUAAUUAGCUACCUAAUAAUGGACUAUUUUCAUUUGGAAACGAUGUCCUCUAUUCUUAGUUGAUCAGAAAUAAUUCUCCCAUUAAUUCAAUUUCAUAUGUUCUACUUCCUGUGAAAUUAUUCUUCAAACGAAAUAAAUGAAAAAGAAUGCUGUAGAAAGUUAUAUUCCAUCUGCAAUGACGCAGAGAACAUUUAUUAUCGCUUGAGAAGAGAAACUACGUGUAAUUUUAUUAUAUGGCAUUAUUGAAGCGACAUUACAAACAUCAAAGGCUGAAUAAUUCAUAGCAAUUUAUAGAGAAUGUUGCUGAAUAGAAAAGAGCGUGUCGUUUCCGUGUAAGGACAGGCAUCAUCCAGUGAUUGUUUCUUAUUAAUAUUUUACACAGUACUCCCUCCAGCGAUCAAACGCUCCUCCUAUUUUUUCCUCUCCAAGUCCAACACACCGCCCCUUUACUGUACUGUUAUUUAAAUUGCAAAUCGAUACCGCCGCGUGGAAAACACAAUUACAAAGGAAACUCAUGUAACGCGAAAGCAAGAUGGAUCUGAUAGGGACAAUCCAGCCUUCCUGGUGGAUUGAUCAGCGAGCUUCUGUUUGAUGCCAGCAAAACGAUUAGAAAUUAGACGAUUCUGUUGAAAUAGAAGCCAUACACCUAAUCAGAGAAAAUGUCAUUUUUUUUCACAGAAAAAAACCACCUCUUUCUUCACUAAUAUUUAUCAAAAUUUUUCUUUUCCAUUUCUUCAGUGAAUCUAUGUAUAAUAGUAGAAUUAGUACUUGUAUAAAUAGGUCUAUUGAUUAUAUCAACUGAGCUGUGCAAAUUACUGCAAAUAUAUUAUUAUCAUGUGUAGCUUUCUUCAGGUUGAUUCCACAUAAUCUCCAAAUUCACGCAUUCAACAAAACUACAGGCUACUUCUCCUAAAUUUCAUUGUUUUCCUUAUUCAUCGUUGAAAGCAAUUAUGCAGAAUUCGACGCAUAGAAGAUUAUCAACGAAAGAGGCAUACAAGAUAUUCGAUGAAAUUCUUGAGGAAGACAGGGAAGAAGACGAAGAUGAAGACAGGUCAGAGGAUUGUCCGGCAGAUUGUGCGGAGGAUGUUCUUCCUGUUGUCGAAAAAAAAUUUUGCGAGUGUAUUCGCAUCGCUGAAAACUCGUCAAGAUUUUCCUUGCGUGUCAUGGAGGCGAUGAGGUCGUUGCAGAACGACGAGGAUGAUUUCCUGCCGACCUCCUCGAUCGACGAUAUCGUCGACUAUAUCCAGAAGAAUUACCGCGACGACGGUGACCUUUACGCUCAGGUGCGAACCGCGCUGAAACAGGUCUGUUCCCAAGGAUUCGCUAUGGAAUUACUUGAAAAUGAAUAUCAUUUAAUCGGACCAGACGCCGCUUCCAUGAAUCGAAUUACAUGUUCCAAUAGUCCAAAAGAUUGUUCCUUAUCCUAUACAAAAUCCAAAAUUCCAAAACCCCAUAAGAAAGAUAGGUCAAAGAAUAUUUGUAUCUGUGAAACAUCGCAUGAUGAAGAAACAGGACGAACUACGAGCAAGCGCCGAAGAGCCUCCAAAAGUGCAGCAGCUAGAGAUUUGGAAAGAACAAGUUCAAAAAGAGAACGGAAUAAUCGUGAAGAAGAUAAGUUAACCGAAGAAUCAGCAGAGUGCACUUGCAGCUCAACUUUAACGGAUGAAGAUAACGUUUCCAAAAUACAAGAAAAUAUGCAGCAUGCGUUAGAAAAGAAAGAUGAAAGACGACGAAAGUCGGUUCACAGGUCUCUGAUGGGUACGCCGAGCAUGAGACGAAUUAAUAAUCAAACAAUGGGAACUGGUGAUACAAGAAAAGAUAGAGCAGCAGAAAUUGUGAAAGAAAUGGAUGAAGAGGAUUUUGAAAUAAAUAAUGCAAAUGAGUCGCAAAAUCAAAUACGGUCCAAAAAGGCCAUACAAACUGAAAAAGAGCUUGAAAGAUGGAUCGAGCGUUGUCGAAGAGAAUGCGAGCGACGAAAAGAUCGACGCCCUCAGAAUCAUUAAAUUCCUCUAUUAAUUCCGUACUUUUCUUACAAGAUAUUUUAAUUUAAAUUACAGCUUUCUUCAAUUUUGUAAAUGCAUGUAUGCAACCUCCUUUCUCAUUACGAUAUGAAAAUUUUGAUGUGCAUAAAUUCUUAUAAAU